GUGACUGCAUAUGCAGCCUCAGUUCUUAAAAACCGCGUGCGUGCAUCAACAGCCAAUAUUACCUUGGGGAUCAAUUAAAUACGACAAAGUUGCCAUUAAUUUGUACCAUAUCAUAGUUUUUGACAGCUUUCUUCUUACAGUACCAUACCAACUAUCCACAGCUUCAUGCAAAUUAAUCACACACGCUCUCUCUCUCUCUCUCUCUCACCCUCUCACCAUAUAUAUAUAUAUAUAUAUACAUCACACCACAACCAAUACCAUCAAACCUUAGCAUCAUUUCAUAUAUACAAAUAACAUAUAUGGCUUCUUCCUUCUCUCCAAGCCUAUCAUCACUUGUGCCUCUGCUUGUGAGCCUUUUCAUUGUGGUUUGUGCUGCCGGUAACUUCAACCAAGACUUUCAGAUUACGUGGGGAGAUGGUCGUGCAAAAAUACUCAACAACGCCAAUCUUCUCACUCUCUCCCUUGACAAGGCCUCUGGCUCUGGCUUCCAAUCCAAGAACGAAUACUUAUUUGGCAAGAUUGACAUGCAGCUCAAGCUCGUUCCUGGAAACUCUGCUGGCACUGUCACCGCUUAUUAUCUAUCUUCAAAGGGAUCAACAUGGGAUGAGAUUGACUUCGAGUUCUUGGGGAAUCUCAGUGGUGACCCUUACAUUCUGCAUACUAAUGUGUUCAGCCAGGGCAAGGGCAACAGAGAGCAGCAAUUCUAUCUCUGGUUUGACCCAACUGCAGAUUUCCACACUUAUUCAAUUCUUUGGAAUCCCCAACGCAUUGUUUUUUCUGUGGAUGGCACCCCUAUAAGAGAAUUCAAGAAUUUAGAAUCAAUUGGAGUUCCUUUUCCGAAGAGGCAACCGAUGAGGAUAUACUCAAGCCUAUGGAACGCUGAUGAUUGGGCCACAAGGGGUGGACGCAUCAAAACCGAUUGGUCCAAAGCUCCUUUCACUGCAUCCUACAGAAACUUCAACGCUAACGCUUGUGUUUGGAACAGAGGAAAAUCCACAUGCAAAUCAAAUUCACCAUCCUCUAAUGCAUGGCUAUCACAAGAGCUGGAUUCCACUGCUCAGCAAAGGCUGAGCUGGGUGCAGAAGAAUUACAUGAUUUACAAUUAUUGCUCCGACAAAAACAGAUUUGCUCAAGGCCUUCCACUCGAAUGCACACAUUCGUAGAGGACUUCAUCUUCCACUAGCACAAGUGUUACAUUAUAAUUUCAUUUACCAUUCUUUUAUUAUUUUUUUUUUAAUUCCUGUUCACAGUUUGUGCUCUUUUACGAUGUAAAAUAACGGUUCUGUUAUUUGGAUGUCAAAUUUUUUCAUGAUUUUUGUACUUGUAAAUGGGCCUAAACUAAAAUUUCUUAACCGUUUUACAAA